CGAGGGUUGUAAAUUCACCCCACAUCUGUCAGAUUUUAAGAGUGUGACGUACAGAGGAGGGGGGCUGGGGGAAGAGAGAGAGGAGAGAAAGAGUUGGGGCCGAGAUCGAUGAGGAUACAGAAGGGCAAAACCACAGAGAUAAUGACAGCGACUGAGCGCGGUGCUUAGACAUAGAUCGGCGCUUAUUUUUGACACGAUUGCUGCAUAGCGAAGUCCGGACAUCGGACGAAAUCAUACACGGCCUUACGCAUCAUUUGUGUUGCAUCCUCGACAGUUGUGGUCCAGCGAGAAUCUAGCGGAUAACGGCGGUGACGGACCAGGACCGAGCCUUUGCUUCUUCUUCUUCUUCUUCUUCUUUUUUUAACACUGAAAUAUGCUGAUGACAAACAAAAGUCGCUGUUACACAAAACCAAUUGCUGUGUGAUUGUAAAUUCGGAAUUUCUGCAGGUGUAGCCUAUAGAAUAUCCCAUCCCAUUAUCGGCUUUUGGUUGCGUUUUGGAGAGGCUGAUUCGCUUCUCUCCAUCUAGUCGGAUAAGCUGCGUUGUGAGCAUUGGUCGCCAAGGCAAAAGCAAGACUCACAUGGAUAAAUACAGAUGCAUUUAUGGAACACAGAAUUUGCUUGCAUGACCCAAGAUGGUGCCACUGUGAUGAAAUGUCUCUGAGAGUACACUGAAAUCAGAUUUUGAGAUAUAAACAGCAUCAGGAACUGUUUUUAUAUUAUAUUACAGUAACCACACAUUAGACUGUUAGAAAAACACAUCAGCUGGAAUUUAAGGAAGAAGCGGAGUGAGGAAGGUAACGACAUGGAUGGUAAUAUGGGUGAGAUGUCCGUGCACAGCCACGUAGAGCUGGCGCACAGUCAGGACAGCCGAGCCAUGCUGCACUCUCGCGAUCUCGCGGCUGCUUUCCCUCGUCCCUCUCUGGGAGGCCCCGCCAUGGGCCUGGAGUCCGACCACCAGAGCUCCGCGUACGACCACAGCAUGGCAACUCUGGGGUAUGGUAGGGAUGCACCAACCAGUUGUGGUAGCACCUACACCACAUUAACACCCCUACAACCCUUUGAUGACAAAUUCCACCAUCAUCACCACCACCAUCCCUGCCUGCCCGUCAGCAACGUCAUCGGCAGCUUCACUCUCAUGCGAGAAGAUCGAGGUCUAGGAGGAAACUACUACACGUCGUAUGGAAAAGACUUUGGUUUGGGACAAGGUCUGUCUCCACCUCUGGGCAGUGCAGGCCUGGAGACCGCCAUGCAUGGCUAUGGUAGCCUGGGAAGUCAGAACGGACACAGUAGCCAGAUGCUUCCUGGUGGCCAUGAGGUCCAUAUGGGCAGCAACGGGGGGAACAUCUGUCGAACAGCGGCAGACUUUGUGAGGGAGAUGUCACCACCCUCUUUGGGGGGCGAGCAUGGGGUCAGCCACCAGCUAAACAAAAUGGAUGCCCAUCAGCACACUCCCACCUACCACCCCCAUUUAUACAACCAGAGUUAUCAGCACCACCUCUCCAGCCAACAGGCCUCCAAGCUUGGGGAGCUCCCUUCUUCUUCCCCUUCCUCCUCCGGCUCCAGCCUGGGAAGAGAGGGCAUGCUGGCUGGCUCACAGAAUGGCGGCGGAGGCGAGGAGAUCAACACUAAAGACGUGGCUCAGAGAAUCAUCACUGAACUGAAGAGGUACAGCAUCCCACAGGCCAUUUUUGCAGAGCGGGUUCUGUGCAGGUCUCAGGGCACUCUGUCAGACCUGCUCAGGAACCCCAAACCUUGGGGGAAACUCAAGUCUGGCCGCGAAACCUUCAAGAGGAUGUCCCGCUGGCUACAGGAGCCAGAGUUUCAGAGGAUGGCCUCCUUACGUCUGGAAGCUUGUAAGCGCAAGGAGCAGGAGCAGUCCAAGCUAGAGCGCAACCAGGGGCCCAAACGCACCCGGCUAGUCUUCACAGACCUGCAGCGUCGCACUCUCUUGGCCAUUUUUAGAGAGAACCACCGACCGACCAAAGACCUGCAGAUCACCAUCUCUCAGCAGCUGGGCCUUGAGCUUUCCACCGUAAGCAACUUCUUCAUGAACGCUCGCCGCAGAAACGUCAACCGCUGGACCGAAGAGGGCCGCCCAUCCUCCACCGGCUCGUCGGGGUCCAGCACUGCAUCUCCAGCUGUGACCUGCUCCACGGCAUGAUGGGAAAACGAGCCGUUUUCCGCUCUGCACAGCACAGGUUUACCUGUAGCUCCUAGAGUUUUUAAUCAAGGGUGUUUUUGAAUACAAAUCAACAGCAUAUGAAACCAAAGAUGAAGUCUUUAAGAGGGUGAUGUCCGCAAUGUCUAGAUGAGACAGGCAUUGAUUGUAGUUUUAGCGUUGGUUAUUUUAGCUUUAAUCGUGAAGGACGAGCCCAACACAUUAGGGCUUAUGAAAUCAUUCACAAAUCAACAUAUUGAGGGUUAUGAAUAGAUAUUGAAACGGUUUAUUUUGUAAUUUGUUACAACGUCUAAAAUCAGUGCAAGGUCCAAACGUUUCUGGUUUUUCUUUGUUGAUCGCGACAGGCGGAAAGUGGCAAAAUGAUAUUUUUAGGGUUCUCGAGAGAGUGAGAGAUGAUUUUGCAACAAAUGGACAAUUAAUGACCAAAGAAACCAAGAAGGAUGCAAGCGAAUAUUUCAGAGAUUCCUUUAAAGGGAAAAACUACUGGGCAAAGAAGCUGAAACCAAAAUAUGAACAUUUUUCAAGAGCUUGUUUUCUUUUUAUACUCCUUCGUUACAAAAUGCACAGGAUGGUGUCGCAGCCAGACAACUUAGGAAGAACUCGAAACAAGGUGGUGGGGAAAGUGCAGCCGUGACACUUUUUGCAACAGACUUUCAACUUGUUAGUGAGUUUCUGCUGACAGAAUGGCUGCAAAAAAAAUCCAGAACGCUCUCUUCUCUUGCAAAAUCUGAUUUCAAAAAAUGAUUUCUUAGAUAUGGAGAUGGAGAAAUCUGGUUUUUGUUUGUAUUUUGUACAAAUUUCAAGCACACAAUCUGGCCGAUGGCUUUUUGUACCGGGAAAAAGCUCAAAAUCUCAAUGAUCCUGAUGAAAAAUACUUACAAAAAGCUUGAAUUGAAUAUGAAAUGAGAACCACUUUGUGUAUUUAUAAUUAUUUAUGUAUUUAUUUCUAAUCUUCUAGCUAUUUAUUUUAUUUAUUUGCUAGUUACCUUCAGUAUUUAUUUGUUGUUUGUACGUGAAAAACGACCCUGUCUCUGAUAGGAGUCCCAAUACCAAAGAUGAAUAUUUGUCCUCCCUGAAUGUCCAACGUUUCUCGUCUCCUGACCGCUGUGUUAGUAUCUCGAUAGACAGACUAGCGUACCCAUCCAUGUUCAUGCUGCAUGUUUAGACCCUUUAGGCCACAGCCUGACUGAACAGAUCGAGACUCAGCGUGAUCGUACAGCGGCACACAAGUGGCUAUGAAGUCGAGAUGCUUCUAUAUUUAGGCUGUGUUGAACUGUGAUCUCCUCACUGCAGUCCACAUUUACUGUACGACGAUCAUUCAUGCUGCGCUGAAGUCUCUCGGGUGGGCAGUAGAGGGAGAGAUCGUCCCCUUUUCAAUGCUCUUUCUCGUUCCCCUGUGUUUAACCUUUGCAGGGCAUGUAGUGAGGCCCCUUCGCAGCACGCACUUGAAAGAGGGCCCAUGAAAGAGGCCAUCGACUUUUGCCGACUUCAAAGAGGCCCUUUUUAUCUGUGUCCUCUCGGUGGCUGGGGCCGGCGCUCAGCCAGGCCCAUGGGCUUAGGGCGUUCACCAGGAGGGGUGGCAGAUCAGAGGAAGGGGAGGGGUGGUGAAUGGGAGUUUGGGGAUGGGAAUUAAAGUUUAAUGAGCGACAAUUGUAAGCGUGCUGUGCGCAGGGCAAAGGGUGUCAGCUUGUGCGUCUCAACUCUCCAGGUCACCCUGUUGCAGCGCUAGUAGUUAACUGGGUGGGCCUCUCUUUUCGUGGAGAUGUAAGGAUUUAGGUUAUUAUAAUUUGCAAAAUUACAGCGGUAGAUGGUUAGAGAUCACUCGAUGACCUGUAGCGUCCCGAAAAUCACGUUUAGCAGAUGAUGGUUGACGUACGUUAGUGUUUGGCGCCUCCUGGUGCAUACUCUGUUCACACAGACUUAUUGACAAUGAAGAGGGGCACACAUAAAUCGCGGCAUAUUCUCGUAGUUUUUAACCUCUUCAGAUAUAUUUGGAAGAGUUACUACAACGUGUAAAUCUGAAGUGAUAGUUCUAUUCCGCUAUCCCACCGAGGGGAACCCGUUUGGCCCUUUUUGUUCUACCCGACAGCUCUAAUUUCAUCUACCUCAACUGUGUGUGAUGAUGUGUCGUGUAGCUGAGAUGUAACUGUACCAAAGAUCCCAUCCAUUCAGGGAGCGUCUGUGCGUUACUAAGUUUUUAUAGCCAAAUGUGCUGGAAUCAAUCCGUGAACACAACUAAAUCACAGCCCUACCUGCAGGCAGAGAGAACCUUGUUUGUGUGUUGAGCGUGUGUGUGUGUGUGUGUGUGUGUGAGAGAGAGACAGAAAAAGAGAGCGAUUGAAGAACAUUUAUCAAUUUAAAGACCAAAUGGGAAUGACAAUCGGAGCAAGAAAGGGGAUCUUGCUGAUCUUAUGAUUGCUUAUCCCUCCAAAAAUAAAAAAUAAAGAACCAAAGUGUUACCGUGUAAAAGUGAAGAUAGACAAAAAUAAA